AUGUGUUUAGAGGAAGAAUGUAAUGUUUCAUUUUUUGCAUUCACAUGUAAAUAUAAAUAUAGAUAA